AUGUCGUUCCGAGAUAUUCAUCUACCAGUGCCGCACUAUGAAGAGCGCAUUGCGAAUGGCGUUGAUAGAUUUUGGAUUCUUCAGUGCGACGGCAAGGACCUCUGGCGUCUGGACGGCAACAACUUCUACCCCGAGAAAGGUCAUACCCUCCCCGACGAGGCUAAGAGGAUCGAUAUCGGCCAGUCCUGGUUGCGCUACGAAAGACAAACGAUCAAGGUUCUCCCAGAGACUGGGGCUAUUGUGUUUUGUGUCCGACUCUACAUGACCAGCCUGCCUGAUAUUGUGCGCGAGGGCAACGGUGUCGAGCUGGCGGACGCGAUUGAUUCGAUGCCGGAGAAGUUGGGGCUGUAA